GCCGUCACAAUACACUCGUGUACACCGGGCUCAACCGUUUGGCGGGAACGACGAUCGCGCGAUUCGUACACCAUAACAUAAAAGAACCACUUAUUUAAAAGCUGCAGUGUUUCUCUAGGACAAUGCAUAAAAAAUCUAGAUUCCUUAUGCUUUUGCAGUGGCUCGUCGUAAUGAAUAUUUUGGUGUUACAAUCUGAAGGAUCAUCGUUAGGAUCAAGUUGCCGCUCCAAUGAUGAGUGCAGCGUACUGAACGCACAAUGCACCAGAGGUGUAUGCACAUGUCGACCGUACUAUGCACAGGUUGACGACUCUACGUGUCUUGAAUCGACUCUCUUAGGUUCUGAGUGCGUGGUGUCGGAACAGUGCACCUUAAAAGUUGCCUUUAGCGCCUGUUUAGAUGGAGUUUGCCGAUGUUCAGACGGACAUUUGCAAUUUAGGAAGCAUACCUGUCUUUCUCCUGCACCGCCGGGUCACGUUUGUUACAGCAACGAACAUUGCCGUUUGUGGGAUAAAGAAAGUCAUUGUGAAUUCGUUAUACCAAAUCUGUUUGGAAGAUGUUCUUGUAAUGCGUUUUUUAAACAAACUGGGGAAAAGUGCAUUGCUCAAAAACCAUCUACAUAUUCAACCGAGGCAGUGAUACUUGAGAAAGAUUUGAUAACUGUAGAGUCUAUUAAAGGAAAACCGUUAAAUCAAGAGUUAUACGAUAAAAUAUCCAAGAUUCAAAAAAAUUCCAAACCAGUCGAUUCAAUCGGAAAGUCUAAAUUAACAGCAAUUACAGACGACAUUCAACCAAGCAACUUACCUAUGUUUACUAGUAACAAUGACGUACUGAGCACACAAGAAGAUAGUCCCCUUAUGCAAACUGUUUUAAAGGUACCCACUAUAGAACCUAGCAAACUACCAGUAUCAAACAGAAAAGAUGGUGAACCUAAUGAAUUGAUUAGAGUUGAUGAAAUGACUGCUAAUUUGCAUGCCAACGAUCAACCAAUUUACAGAGUAGUGACUCAGCCAACAGUUGAAAAGAAAUCAAACAAGAAAGGAACUAUAAAGGAUCAGAAUAGUAAUAAGUCUAACAAAACUGGCCAUCAAAAAAAGUCAUCCCUAAAAGAUAAAAAUCGCAUUCGUGCCGAUCCUGUUUCAUUCGACGUCGGACCGGCGUCUUUGGGAAUGCCCUGUUUCACAGAUGAACAGUGCCACAUGGUGGAUCCAAACACGCGAUGUGUUAAUAAGCGAUGCGAUUGCGCAUACCGUACAAAUUCUACCUCGGCUUGUUCAGCUCGCAACAGAGGAUGUUUACCGGGCACGUUCCAAUGUCGAUCAACUGGUACAUGUAUAAGCUGGUACUUUGUUUGUGACGGUCGUAAGGAUUGUCCGGACGGAUCUGACGAGAAAUGCCAAGGUACAGGUAGAGAUGGUACCGGCGAACGUUGCCCAAUGCACGCGUUUCGCUGCGGAGGAGCGGGCUCACCGUGCGUGUCACGCGCCUCGCGGUGUGACGGCGUCGUACAAUGUCCGGGCGGAGAGGACGAGAGAAACUGCCGAGCUACUAGGAGAAGAGGUUGUCCGCGACACACAUUCCGCUGCGGGUCGGGUGAAUGCUUACCGGAAUACGAGUUCUGCAAUGCCAUAAUCUCCUGCAAGGACGGCUCGGAUGAGCCUCCACAUCUAUGCAAUGAACAAUCACGUUGGCGUGCAGCGGACUUUUGUCCACUGCGGUGUGGGAACGGUCGCUGUCGCAGCACGGCUGUCGCGUGCUCGGGCCGAGACGGCUGCGGCGACAACAGCGACGAAAUAGCCUGUGCCGUCUGCAAAUGUUCAGCACCACCUCUGCCAUGAAAUCACGAAGAUAACUCCAAGGAUAAAUUAUACCUGAAAAGAUCUCAACUGUUCAAUUAUCAUCGCACUCAAUAUAAUGUAAAGUCUAUUGAACAUUUUCAUAUUUUAAGAAAUGAACAAUUCACUAACAAUUAAGAUUACAUAAUUAUAUCGUAUUUAUAACAGCGAUGUUUUAUAAGGAUUUCAUCAUUUUGCUUCUAAAUUCUUCUCAAAUUAUUAAACUAGCUAAAUACAAUAUUAAGACAACAACAGUUAACAAUGGAAAUAAAAACAUUGUGAUUUUGCCAGUUAUAUCAAUUAUGAAAAAAUACAUUAAGACAAUUUGAUUUAAGAACCAUACCUUUAUUAGAAUAUUGUCCAUGGCAUUCUAUUUUUAAAAUAAUUGAAAAAAAUAAAUUUUUAGAUCUUUGUGAAGGUAUAACGUUCUAUUAUGUACCUAAUAGCCUGUAUCCCUUUUCUGUAAGGUAAAGGUAAAAUUUUAUUCACACAGCUAUAAAAGUCACUGUGAAUUGUGUAUUAUUUAUUCUUAGAAAAUGCUAGUUUUCUCGCAUUGUUUUUUCUUUGACUAACAAACAAUAACGAACACCGCUAUAUUUGGUUAAGACACACUUCCGUUUCCUAAUAUACUACCACAUACAUCUACGAUUUUUUAUAUCCGAUGCAAUCUUUGCUCAAUAGAAACUUAUAAAUCAUAAUGUUACUUAAUUGCCUUUUUGGGGUUAUCUUAACUUAUAAAUAAUCAUAAGUCACACGCAAUAAGACUGAGAUAUGAUUAUAGGGGUGAUGGUAUGCAACUGCAAUAAACUAAUCAAUCACGCAAUAGAAUUAAUCGAAUUUAUAAACACAGAAUGUAGUCUUCUAAAAAAAGAGAAAAUUAAAACAAUAACUCAUUCCAAAGAUUGAAUUAAUCGGCCUUGGAAGUCAUCAGCUAUUGUUGGGAUAACUAAUAAGCAUGUAUGAUUUUUCUUUACUUGAAAUACGUCUCUUUUAGCGAAAUAAAACACGUGAAUAGCUAAAUAAUUGAUAUCGCUAUAGUUAUAUACACUAAAUCUUCUCGAACAUUAGUCAGAAACAUGCGACUCUCUGUUUUCACUUUCAAUAUUGUUUUUUGUAAAACUUAAAGAAAAAACGUAAUUUUACACAUUUAGUGUUACUUAUAACUUCAUCAUUCGUUUAUAAACCUUACUUUUAACCGUUGCUUAGCGGCUGUUUAGUUAAACACUGAUUUCUCUUUCUCUCAUUAUAGAUUUGACAUUCGGCAGAAGAGAACAGCAUGGUUUAAUAUUCAUCCGAUGAACAACGUUUAUGAGCAACCCCGUAAUUCUCUAUAUAUAUAUAUGUCAAGUUAAAAUGUUAUUUAAAACCCGCCUCUAUUUGCACUUUUACAUUUUAUAAAACUUUUUAGAUAAUAAGAUUUUAGAUAACACAUUACUGUACAUACAUAUUUUAAUGUCUAAGUCUAUUUUUACAAGUUUACUUUUGAACAAAUUUACUGUUCAUUUUAAAAUUAACAAUUUAUUUUAAAACUACAUUGCAGCACAAGUCUCUU